AUGUAUGACAAGGUGAAGAAGGCCAUCAGACUCCCAUUGCCUGCACAUUUCUGGACGGACUCUACUUGUGUUCAACGGUGGAUAGCAGCUACGCCAUCUACCUGGAGCCCGUAUGUUGGAAACAGGUGCGCAAAAAUUCAACGGUUAACGGAAGGUUUCCAGUGGCGCCAUGUUCCAGGUGUUCAAAACCCUGCGGAUCUUAUCUCCAGAGGAAUCACACCAGAAAACAUUGCUGAGAAUAGUUUCUGGUGGCAUGGUCCUGGUUGGCUGUUAGAAGGACAAGAAAAAUGGCCUCAGCCACCAGCCGUUCAGGAAGCAGAAGAGGUCGAAGUAGAGAAACGCCGUACCGUAACGGCAGCCAUGACAACAAGCGAAGAUACAUUCAUCGAUGAGUACGUUGCCAAGUUUUCGAACUAUUCUAAAUUGAUUCGGAGUACUGCUGUAUGGCAACGUUUGAUCAAGUUGCUCAAGAUGCCGAAGGAGCAUAGGAAAGGUGGAUUUUUCACCACGGAGGAGCUCAGUAAAGCCGAACACACCAUCGUUCGGCUAGUCCAGAAAGUUACGCUGUCCGAUGAAUGGAAGGCUUUAUCGGAAGGAAUUCCGGUUUCACGGAAGUCGCAGUUACGAUGGUUCCACCCGUACAUGUCGCAGGAGGGAAUGAUUCGCCUCGGCGGACGCUUACGACAUUCAUCCGAGUCGGAGGACUUCAAACAUCCUAUUGUACUGCCGAAAGGUCAUCAACUGACUCGAUUACUGUUUGAGGACUAUCAUAAACGAUUGCUCCAUGCAGGACCGCAAUUGCUACUGAGUACUGUUCGGUUAAAAUUCUGGCCAUUAGGAGGAAGGAGUAUCGCACGGCAGGUGGUUCAUCGCUGCUACAAGUGUUUCCGAGCAAAGCCGUCUCCUGUGAAGCAGUUCAUGGGUGAAUUGCCAGCAGAAAGAGUAACGGUAGCCCGUCCGUUUUCGCGAACGGGAAUAGAUUUUUUUGGUCCUGUGUAUGUUAGGCCAGGUCCCAGACGAACCGCUGUGAAGGCGUAUGGUGCCAUUUUUGUGUAUGGCGACCAAGGCGGUGCACCUUGA